AUGAGGAUCCUUUUUGUUGCGUCUUCAAAUGACUGGGUAAAUUUGUCCAAUAAUAGUUGUAGUUGUGCCGAAUCCAUUCUUUCUUCCUUUUUUCCAGGUGCUUUUGCCGUUGUAGGACUUGGUUCUACUUCAAUGAGUUUUGGUGGUGAAGGUGGUCGUUUAGAUCCUUGUAAUCCAAGACCGAAGACUUCGUCACUUUCUCUAUUGUUCUAUUGUACUGAUGCCGAUCUUUAUAACAGAUUUUGUCACGAUUACUCAAUGCCUUGUAGUUUGCUUGUAGAUCCUUGA